AUGGAUACCAUCCAAUAUAUUGCCGCCAUUGGGGCUUUUCUCCUUCCUGUGGUCAUUCACAAAUGGUAUCGGAAGCUGUCAUUACCUAGACUCCCCCCCGGGCCGCCAGCAAUUCCCUUUCUUGGAAGCGUUUUUGACCUGCCCAAAGGCGACAUUCCAGACUUCGAACACUGGCUUCAGUAUAGAGAGAAAUAUGGCCCUAUAUUUUCACUGAAGGCCAUGGGGCAGACUAUUGUCGUCAUCCACGACAAGCAAGUCGCCCUGGACCUUCUCGAGAAAAAGUCCCUCAUCAACUCAUCCCGUCCUUGGAUGGAAUUCGCCGGAGGCCUUGUUGGCUUCGUUAAUUUUACUUCGGCGGUGCCUUAUAAUGAGACCCUCCGUCUCCAUCGCAAGUUUAUGCAUCAACAAAUGGGGACCAAAACAAUAGCUGCAAGUUUUCGCAAGGACCAAGAGAAUGAAGUUUCUUGGAUGCUUGAAAAUAUCAUGGACCAACCAGAAGGUCUCAUUGAUCAUCUACAUAGAGCUGCCGGUUCCUUCAUCAUUAAGUUGACGUAUGGAUAUUCGAUUGACGUCUCUCGCCCCGAUCCGGUCCAGAGUCUAGUCAUGCGCAUGGUGUCAAUCUUCAACGAGUCAGCCCAGCCCGGAGUCUGGGCUGUUGAUAUGUUCCCUGCUCUUCACUAUCUUCCCGACUGGUUCCCUGGCACUUCAUUCAAAAAGAUAGCCGGUGCAUGGAGAGAAGAGGUCAUGGCAGCGGCAGAGAAGCCAUAUCAAUUAGUCAAAAUGCAGAUGCGGGCCAAUAGCCACCAACCCUCCUACGUGUCCAAGGCGCUCGAGCAGUGUGGUGAAGAUCCAAGUGCUACAUACGAGGCAGCAGUGAAAUUCUCGGCCGGAGCAAUGUAUGGCGGAGGGUCAGACACUACUGUCUCUACCCUGAGCUUUCUAUUCCUUGCCAUGGUUAAAUUUCCCGAUAUCCUCCGUAAGGUGCAGGAGGAGAUUGAUAGGGUCGUUGGCCGGGAUAGGCUGCCACAGUUUGAGGACCGACCAAACUUGCCAUAUGUUGAGGCAAUUGUCAAAGAGGCAUUUCGGUGGCAUCCGGUUGCUGGGAUGGGAGUGCCACAUGCGAGUGACGAAGACCAGAUCUACAAUGGCUACUUGAUUCCCAGGGGUGCCAUUCUGCUGGCAUCAGUUCAUGGGAUGGCCCACGACCCAGAAACCUAUCAUGAUCCCGAUAAGUUCCUCCCAGAACGAUACGACGAGCCUUACAAUGAGCCGGAUCCGAAGGAGGUAGUUUUCGGUUUCGGACGUAGAAUAUGUCCUGGGAGAUACUUUGCUGAUUCAAUGGUAUACCUAGCAGCCGCUCAGACUCUGGCUGCCUUCGACAUCGCCAAAGCGACUGAUGAACAAGGCCAAGAAAUCGACCCCACGGUGAAAGUGCUUCCUGGCGUUAUAUCUCACCCGGCAGAUUUCCGUUUCAGGAUUACUCCUCGAAGCGAGAAAUCUAGGAGCCUUAUCUCGGCGAAUGUUGCACCAAGACAAGGACCCAUGAGCGAUGCUAAGAUAUUUGAGCAGAAUGGGUUCACGAAAUGA